AUGUCACUUUUUGACUCAAGAUACGUAUUUCCCGCAAUUGGUUUUGUGAUUUUACCUCAAAUUACAGCCCCUUUGCCAACCACGCACUUGCCUUUUAGUGUACGCAAUCGGUACAAACAUCUGUUGCUCGCUGAUGAGCACUUCGACGCUCCAGCGCGGAUCGACGUGCUUUUGGGCGCCGAUAUUUUUCCUGUUCUCGUCCGGUCACAUGCUGGUGUUGAACAUAAUGCAGGUUUUCCAUCUGCUCUCGACACCAAAAUUGGUUGGAUAAUCUUUGGAUCCUUUUCUACAUCGAACAAAACGUCGUUAGUUUCGCUUACAACCGUCGUAGAUCAGUCAAUCAGCGAUCAGUUAUCACGGUUUUGGUCAAUUGAAGAACCUGACGCUCCGGUAGUACCAACCACUGAGGAUCAGUGGUGCGAAGACUACUUCUCCAAAACUACAUCGCACGAUUCAUCUGGACGAUUUUGCGUCGCUCUUCCUUUUCGCGACUUGUUCACUGCUUCGGGAUCACUCAGUUCUACUUCGUUUCACGGUCACGGAGAUUCUCGUGUCAGUGCAUUAAAACGAUUUCAUAACCUCGAGAAACCUUUAAACAAGGAUUCCAAUUUAUAUGCCGCUUAUCGAAAAUUCAUGUCAGACUCUCAAACAUUGGGACAUAUGGUGCCAGCCGCUGAGGCGGGAAGGUACUUUAAACCGCAUCAUGCCGUACUUAAAUCUGAUGGUGAUUUGUCAAAAAUACGUGUUGUCUUUGACGUGUCGGCAAUAUCCUCGUCUGGUCGUUCGCUAAACAAAGUGUUAUGCACGGAUCCGAAAUUACAAACCGAUUUACGCGACAUUUUACUACGUUGUCGUACACACAAAUAUAUCAUGACCGCCGACAUUGUUAAAAUGUAUCGACAGAUUCUAAUCCGUCCAGAAGAUUGUAGCUUUCAACAUAUUUUUUGUCGUGAAUCUCCCAACGAUGAACUGCAAGAAUUCCAAUUACGCACUAUCACAUACGGUUUGAAUUGUGCUCCAUAUUUUGCAAUACGAUGCUUACACGAACUUGACACUCAAGACGGUCAUCGAUUUCCAUUGGCAAAGGACAUUCUCACCCAUGCCACCUACGUGGAUGAUAUCGUAUUCGGCGAUGAUACCGAAGAACAGAUGCUACUUCAAAAGCAAGACAUCAUUGGUCUACUUCGCAGUGGUGCAUGUGAACUGAGUAAGUGGACCAGCAAUAGUAAAAUUGCCUUAAAUUCCGUCCGUCUUGAAGAUAGAACUAAAUCUGUGUCGUUCGAUCCAAAGGAUGAUCAUUCGGUUAAAGUUCUCGGUUUACACUGGGACACAGAGUCCGACAAUUUUGCCUAUCACACGAACACUCAACAAUCCUCAUCCACCAAGCGUCAAGUGCUUUCAAUUAUUGCUCGUCUGUUCGAUCCGAUCGGUGCUUUAGGUCCUAUGUUGUUGUGGGAAAAAGAGUUUAUGCAACAGUUGUGGUGCAACAAACUCAAUUGGGAUGAUCCACUGCCCGCUGAACUACUAUCCGUGUGGCAACAGUUUUGCGUGGAACUUCCGUCAAUAUUUUCUUUAAAUAUACCACAUCAUAUUGAUGUCAUCUGUUACCAAGACAUUCAAUUGUUGGGCUUUGCAGACGCGUCAAUUAAAGGGUUCGCCGCCACCGUGUAG